UGUCUGUUUCUCGGAUAUAUUUUAAGAAGGCGAAGUUCGGUCUACUUGCGAGUUGCGAAUGGUGGUUGGCCUGUCACCGUUGGUUGCGUUAACAUCAGGUAAAAAUGUAUAAGGCAAGGACAGUAAUUAGUACAUUGGCCCCGCUUGCGCCACGCAUGUGCGGGCCUGAAAGGUUUGCAUCAUGGUUGGUGCGGCACCAUCCCCUGACUAGGACCACACAGGCGAUGGUUUCGGAACCAAUCAGGAAAUACACCAACCGUGUAGCAACAGAACCUUUCCUGAAUGGCAGUUCCAGUUCUUACGUAGAAGAAAUGUAUAAUGCGUGGUUACAAGAUCCCCAGAGUGUACAUGUGUCGUGGGAUGCAUUUUUUCGUAGCAGCACCGCUGGGGCUGGACCAGGUCUUGCGUAUCAGGCUCCACCCUCCCUUGCUCCAAGUCAUAACCAAAUACCAUUGGGAGCGUUGUUACCACUCGGUAGUGGCGGAUCUCAAUUGAGCCAGAUACCCGUUAAUGAGAAAAUAAUUGAUGACCAUCUGGCUGUUCAAGCUAUUAUUCGAUCUUACCAGAUCCGUGGCCAUCAUAUCGCUAAAUUGGACCCACUCGGCAUCAGCAGCGCUGAUCUUGAUGAUAGACAUCCACAAGAGUUGCUCUAUAGUCAUUAUUCAUUUGGAAACAGAGCACGUACUACUUACUCGCAGGAACUUCAAUACCGAGUAGCUGCACUUAUGAAACAGGAUUCGGACAUGGAUCGUAUUUUCAAAUUGCCGUCCACCACUUUUAUCGGCGGCAAAGAAAAGUCGUUGCCGCUUCGUGAAAUUUUGAAACGAUUGGAGGCCACCUACUGCGGCCACAUCGGCGUCGAAUUCAUGUUCAUCAAUUCCCUGGAGCAGUGCAAUUGGAUUCGUCAGAAAAUGGAGACACCCGGUAUCAUGGAAAUGACAAACGACGAGAGGAGACUUAUUUUGGCCAGAUUAACUCGCGCCACCGGAUUCGAGGCGUUCCUCGCGCGCAAGUGGUCGUCCGAGAAGAGGUUCGGAUUGGAAGGAUGUGAAAUUCUGAUACCCGCCAUGAAGCAAGUAAUUGAUAAAUCUACCGAAUUAGGCGUCGAAUCCAUCGUUAUGGGUAUGCCUCAUCGUGGUCGUCUGAACGUUCUCGCCAACGUUUGUCGUAAACCUUUGAGUCAAAUAUUCACGCAGUUCGCGGGUCUCGAAGCAGCCGACGAUGGUUCUGGCGAUGUCAAAUAUCACUUGGGAACAUACAUCGAACGUCUUAACCGUGUAACGAACAAGAACAUUCGUUUGGCCGUUGUUGCGAAUCCAUCUCAUUUGGAGGCCGUUGAUCCGGUAGUACAGGGAAAGACUCGUGCCGAACAAUUCUAUCGAGGCGAUGGCGAAGGAAAGAAGGUAAUGUCCAUUCUUUUGCACGGUGACGCCGCGUUCUGUGGACAAGGUAUUGUUUUCGAAACUAUGCACUUGUCCGACUUGCCCGACUAUACGACACAUGGUACCGUUCACAUUGUUGUGAACAACCAAAUUGGAUUUACCACCGAUCCUAGGCAUUCACGGUCUUCUCCGUACUGUACCGAUGUUGCGAGAGUAGUCAACGCGCCCAUUUUCCACGUUAAUUCCGACGACCCGGAAGCGGUGAUGCACGUUUGCAAAGUGGCUGCGGAAUGGAGAGCAACUUUCCACAAGGAUGUCGUUAUCGAUAUCGUAUCCUACAGGCGAAACGGUCACAAUGAAAUCGACGAGCCGAUGUUCACGCAACCUCUAAUGUACCGUAAAAUCAAGAAAACUCCACCAGCUUUGGACAAAUAUGCCAACUCCCUUAUCACCGACAGCGUUGUAACGUCCGAAGAAGUUAAGGACGUAAAAGAUAAGUACGAGAAGAUCUGCGAGGAAGCAUACACCAAUGCUAAGCAAGAGACGCACAUUAAGUAUAAGGACUGGUUGGAUUCUCCGUGGUCUGGUUUCUUUGAAGGCAAAGACCCGUUGAAAGUGUCUCCUACCGGCAUCAAAGAAGAUACGCUUGUUCACAUUGGAAAGAAAUUCUCGUCGCCGCCUCCUAAUGCCGCCGAGUUUGUUGUUCACAAAGGUAUCGAACGUAUUCUGAAAUCUCGUAUGGAAAUGAUCGAGGCUCGAACAGUCGAUUGGGCUCUCGGCGAAGCUAUGGUUUUCGGUUCUCUUCUCAAAGAGGGCAUUCACGUUAGAUUGUCGGGUCAAGACGUGGAGAGAGGAACAUUCUCGCACAGGCAUCACGUGCUUCAUCAUCAAACUGUGGAUAAGGCUACUUACAAGCCGUUGUGCAACCUUUAUCCAGACCAAGCUCCGUAUACCGUGUGCAAUAGUUCUUUGUCGGAGUUUGGCGUGCUUGGAUUCGAAUUAGGUUAUUCCAUGACGAAUCCCAACGCGUUGGUGUGCUGGGAGGCCCAGUUUGGCGAUUUCAACAACACGGCGCAAUGUAUAAUCGAUCAGUUUAUCAGCAGCGGUCAAGCUAAAUGGGUUCGCCAAUCGGGUCUUGUCAUGUUGCAACCUCACGGGCUUGAAGGGAUGGGUCCGGAACACUCGAGUGCUCGACUGGAACGUUUCCUCCAAAUGUCCGCUGACGACCCAGACUAUUUCCCCCCGGAAAGCGAGGAGUUCGCUGUACGCCAGUUGCACGACAUCAACUGGAUCGUGGCUAAUUGCAGCACGCCCGCGAAUUACUUCCACAUUCUGAGGAGACAGAUCGCGCUACCGUUCAGGAAACCUUUGAUCUUGAUGACACCGAAGUCGUUGCUUCGUCACCCGGAAGCCAAGUCCAGCUUCGACCUGAUGAAGGAGGACACGGAGUUCCUCAGAGUGAUACCGGAGGAAGGCAAAGCUGCUCAAAAUCCCAGUAACGUUAAACGGGUGGUGUUCUGCUCCGGAAAAGUCUUCUACGAUUUGAAGAAAGCGCGCGCGGAGAAGCAACUGGACGACAAAGUCGCUAUUGCCAGAGUUGAACAGAUUACACCUUUCCCGUACGAUCUGGUUAAGAAGGAAGCUGCAAAAUACCCCAACGCGGACCUCAUAUGGUCGCAGGAGGAGCAUAAAAACCAGGGUGCGUGGUCGUACGUUCAGCCCAGAUUCCACACAGCCCUAAACGGAACACGCGCUGUGACCGGCGGAAGUACGUCAUGCAAGAGUGACGGAGGGUGGUUAAGUGGUUGGUUUUCAUCGUCUAAACCGACGACGACAACUCCAUCCGACCCGCAAUCAGUAGAGUCUGAUAAACCCACACAGAGAACAGUGAGGUACGUUGGCCGUCCUACAGGAGCCUCGCCCGCGACAGGAAGCAAAAUGCAGCAUCUCAAAGAACUGAAACAGUUGCUUGACGAUUCUUUCGCUAUUUAAUUACUCUUCGUAACAUUGUGUAGAACACACAUUUUAUUUAUUUAUUCGCAUUAAAGUUGUUAUAUUAC